UUACAAACUGGAGAGUGAUCAAGACAGAGAAGGUCGUGGAUGUCAGAGAUCUGAUUCCUGAACCACAACGUACCCAGGUUCGGAAUCUUGUUCCUGGACCAAAGCCAUUGAAGGGGUGCUGGGUAGACGUCCUCUCAAUCCCAAUCUUCAAGGAUAUGGCUCCUUCAAGUACAUAUCAAGCUCGUUCAACAACCGAAAAACCACUGGGGUUUGAAACUGGUGUACCAUCCUUUUUUCCUGUCACCGAUCCGGGACAGAAACCGUGGUACUACGUGGGAUCGACAUUCCAUUCACCAACGGGUACAACGAGGAUAUUGAUCGUACAGGAGAACGAACCUGGUGCACUCUGCCCAGUUCAGGAAACCCGAGCAGAUUGCUACUCUCAUACAUCGUCG